UACUCAUUUACAAUUGAAAAAUCCGAAUCGAAUGAGAAAGAACUAGGCAAGAGAAGAAAAAAUACAUAAAAAUCCAACUAAAACGGGCAGAAAAGUCAAAGAAAAUAUAUAAAUUUUCCAAGAAGGAAAAAAAUUAAGCUUACAACAAAAAAUUGAUGGUAAUUAAAGCUGGUACUUUCAUUACUUGACAAAAAAAAAAAAAACGCGGAAUAAGAAAAAGAAGACAAAUUAACUACAAAUUGUCACAAUUGCAUCAAAAGAAAUCAAUUGCCUCAUUCUCUCGCGCCUUUUUGCUGCUCUCUCUCUCUCUCUAACACAAAUAACAACUGUUGGCUGUCACAAGAAUUAACGCAUUACAAAAAGGAAUAAUUUCAACAAAAAACCAAGAAAAGGCCAAUCAAACAAUCAAGAAAAAAAGAAAAACUAAAAUUAAUUUUUGGUUAAUUUUAUUAAUUGUGCAUUAAACGCCGCAAAACAAAAAAAAAAAAAAAAAACACAAGUCAUCAUCAUGUCUAUGGCCGGACAAACAAUUAACGACAGAUUACUGGCUGCCAGGCACAGUUUGGCCGGUCAAGGUUUGGCCAAAUCGGUAUGCAAGGCCACAACGGAAGAGUGCAUUGGUCCCAAGAAGAAACAUUUAGAUUAUCUAGUACACUGUACAAAUGAACCCAAUGUCUCAAUACCACAUCUGGCCAAUUUACUUAUCGAACGCUCACAGAAUACCCAUUGGGUGGUGGUGUACAAGGCGCUAAUAACCACACAUCAUCUGAUGGCAUAUGGAAAUGAGCGUUUCAUGCAGUAUUUGGCAUCAUCGAAUUCCACAUUUAAUCUAAGUAAUUUUCUGGAUAAGGGAGGUGUACAAGAUGGUGGUAUGUCGGUACCCGGUGGCAGAAUGGGUUAUGACAUGUCACCCUUUAUCCGACGCUAUGCCAAAUAUUUAAACGAGAAAUCCUUGUCCUAUCGUGCAAUGGCUUUUGAUUUUUGCAAAGUCAAAAGGGGCAAAGAGGAGGGCUCGUUGCGCACCAUGCAUGCCGAUAAAUUAUUGAAAACCUUGCCCGUGCUACAAGCCCAAUUGGAUGCCCUAUUGGAAUUCGAUUGCCAGUCAAGUGAUUUAACAAAUGGUGUCAUCAACAUGUCCUUUAUGCUAUUAUUCCGUGAUCUCAUUCGUCUAUUCGCCUGUUACAAUGAUGGUAUUAUUAAUCUAUUGGAGAAAUUCGAUAUGAACAAGAAACAGGCCCGCGAUGCCUUGGAUUUGUAUAAAAAGUUUUUGGUGCGCAUGGAUCGUGUGGGGGAGUUCCUCAAAGUUGCUGAGAAUGUCGGCAUCGACAAGGGCGACAUACCAGAUUUAACAAAGGCACCCAGUUCCCUGUUGGAUGCAUUGGAACAACAUUUGGCUGCGCUAGAGGGUCGCAAAGUUUCGGCUGCCAACACGCCCACACAGUCGGCAAGCACUUCAUUUGGUACAGCUGCAGCUUCGAGUAAAUUCGAUACCACCAAUGGCAUUGAUGAGCAAUUGAAGGCCCAGGCCUUGGCCGAUGAGGAGGCAGCCAUGAAUCAGUACAAGUCUAAAGUCUCUUCGCCAACCAGCGGCGGUGCUGCUGCUGCUAACGCUGCAUUAACAAAUCCAUUCUUAUCGUCACCACCAGCUACCCAGGCUAGUGCACCGAUAGUUGAUUUGUUUGGUGCCGCCUCAGCCCAGCCAGCCAAUGCUGGCUCCACCGCCGCCGCUGGUGCUACCAAAGCUUCGGAUGAUCUACUCCAGUUGGGCAAUCCAUUUGCCGAUAUGUUUGAUGCUCCCUUGGGUGCUGGAACGGCUGGUGUUGCAACAGGUGCUAAUCAAAAUUCAAAUAAUAUUUGGAUGAACAAUAAUGGUUUCAAUGGAUCUUCAGUACCUUCGGCUGCUGCCAAUGCAUUUGUUUCGGACAGCAAUUUCUCAUCGGUAUUUGGUAAUACUGAGCCAGCCGCAACUGGAGCAGCAUUAGCAAAUCCUUUUUUUGAUUCAAUGGAACCCCAAAAUUUAUUCAAUGAUCCAAACACAACUUCGAAUCCAUCAUCUCUGUUGUUAGCCUCCUCAUCGAUAACAGCAUCGUCGUCGUCGACGUCAUCAUUGGCCAACAAUUUCAAUUCCAAUCCGUUGCAACCAACAAAUCAAACAAAUUUCUUUAUGGCAGCUGGAGCUACUCCGCCAACGCCAGCGGUGAUGGCGGCGAAUUCAGCCCAGCCCAUCACCACCACUUCAUUGCCACCAGGUUUUGAUGCCUUGGGUGAUGUGUUAAAGCCCGGCAUAACAGCCACCUCUGCCACAGCAGCCACACUGGCUGCCGGUGGUGGUGGCGGGGGCAAGACCUCCUCCGUAAAUCAAACACAAAUUAUAACUUCAGGUGACCACCAUCAUCAGCAGCAGCAGCAGCAACAACAACAACCAGCCAGCACUGGAAAGAUUUUGACCGGCGAUUUGGAUAGUUCGCUAAUGUCGCUUGUAGAAAAUUUAAACAUAAAUAAAACAGCUACAACAAAACCUGUGCAAUGGAAUUCACCGAAAAAUACCGCGAAACCCGGUGCUAAUUGGACACCUCAACCUAUGGCUGCUACAACUGGUGCUGGCUAUCGUCCAAUGGCACAUGGCAUGACUGUAAGUCCUGCGCCAAUCACAAUUAAUCAUCCGUAUAUACAUGCUAAUUAUCCUGUAAUACCAAAUUAUAUGCAGCAGGGAAUGCCGGUGAUGGGCCAACCUAUGAUGGGCCAAGCCCCUUUGACUGGCGUACCACCGACGAUGACAGCGGCGCCAAUGAUGAUGCCAAGUAAUCCAGCUGGUCUGAUGCAGGCAACACAACAGCAGCAGCCGGUCAUGCAGGCGACGAUGAUGCAGACAAAUGGCGGCAAUAAAAGCGUACCCUUAGAUCCUUUUGGAGCGUUAUAAAUUACAACAAAAACAACAAUAAUAAUAAUUAUAUAAUUAUUAAAAAAAAAAAAAACAAAAAAAAGUAGUUGAAGAAAAACUAAAUAUUAUAAAAAUAUACAAAAAUAACAACAAAAAUUAUAAUUGUUAAAAAUUUACCACAACACGAAAGAAAAACAAGAAAAAAACACAAGAGAAGUACCCACUCUCUCGCUGUACCCUCUCUUUUCCCCAUCCUCCUCAAACAAAAAAAUAAGGAAAAGAGAUAAAAAUUUAAAUAAUUAAUUAAUUAUUAUGUUUAAACAUAAACAACAAAAGAAGACAAAAUUUAUAUUAUAUAUUAAAAAAAAAGGAAUAUAUUAUAAUUAUAACUUGAUUAUGAAAUACAAAAUUAUUGAUGAUGAUAAUGAUGA